ACGUGCUCGCCAACUGAUGAAAUCGUGUUGUGCUUUUUGUCACUGUGCGACACACAAUGGGUUUGAUAUAGACAUUUAUAAAGGAACGGACUUCUUUGUUUGAAUGUGCUGCGGAUAACGAUGGAAAUGGAAAGACAGUAUCGAGGAAAGCUCUGCUCGCGGUUUGCUCUAUGUUUGUUUCUUCUGUUGUUGGUUGGAAAUCGGGCUUCUGGAGAAAUACGAUAUUCUAUUCCAGAGGAGGUGAAUGAGGGAACUGUUGUUGGAAAUGUCGCGAAGGAUCUUGGACUGGAUAUCACCUCUUUGUUUAAUCGACGGUUCCGUGUUGUUUCUGAAUCUAAGGAUGCAUUUUUUGAGGUAAACCGGGACAAUGGUGCUCUCUAUGUCCAUAGGAAAAUCGACAGAGAGGAGCUCUGUCAGGGUAGCGGUGCUUGCACAAUUGAGUUAAAAGUCAUAGUCGAAAACCCUUUAGAAAUACACUACAUAGUGGUAGAGAUUACUGACGUUAACGAUCACACUCCUAGUUUUCCUGAAAAAGAACAGACUUUUGAAAUAGCUGAGCAUACACUGCCAGGAAAACGAUUUCAAUUACACACAGCUCGUGAUCCAGAUGCUGGAUCUAUCUCUAUUCGUACAUACACUUUGACUCCAAAUGAACACUUUGAAGUAGACAUCCGUCAAAGUGACGAAGAUAAAAUACCGUUUUUAGUGCUGAAGAAAUCAUUAGACAGAGAGAAAAACGACAAACACACGCUGCUGCUGACAGCGAUAGAUGGCGGUAAACCUCAAAAAUCAGGAACAUUAAAUGUUACUAUUAUUGUUCUUGAUAUUAAUGAUAACCGUCCAAUGUUUAGUCAGGAGAUUUACCAAAUUGAAAUACAGGAAAACGUUGAAAUCGGCACAUCCGUAUUUAAAAUACAUGCCAAAGAUCCAGAUGAAGGGACUAAUGGGAUAGUUGAAUAUAGUCUUGGAAAAACGCUUAAGAAAAAAGUCUAUGACAUUUUUGAAUUGGACAAGAUAACUGGGGAGAUUCACGUUAAAGGGGUUGUGGAUUAUGAAGAGAACGACGUUUAUAAACUUGAUGUUGAGGCAUCCGAUAAAGGAACACCUCCACUGGUAGGUGAGUGUAGAGUCAUUAUAAAAAUUAAAGAUAUCAAUGAUAAUCCACCUGAAAUAGAAGUCACGUCACUGUCAAAUACAGUGUCUGAAGAUUCAAAACCUGGAACAAUUGUUUCUCUAAUCAGAGUGAAAGAUAAAGACUCUGGUGUUAAUGGCAAAAUGAUUUCAAGUAUAACCUCAGACGUGCCUUUUGAAUUGAAGCCCUCCUACAAAGAAAACACUUACUCAGUUGUCACUAAGGGGCAUUUGGAUCGAGAGCAGGUGUCACAUUAUGAAAUAACAAUAAAAGCCACUGAUUGUGGUGAGCCUCCCUUAUCUUCUUUUAAAACUCUCAGUAUUCAGAUAUCAGAUGUGAAUGACAACAGUCCACAUUUUGAACAAAACCCUUUACAGUUUUAUCUGGUAGAAAAUAACGUUGCUGGAGCUUCAAUAUUUUCUGUGAGCGCAACAGACAAUGACAUAAAUGACAAUGCAGCUAUUUCAUAUCAUAUUGUGAGAGAGGGAAGUCAAAAUGACAUUACAUCCUUUAUUAAUGUAAACUCUGAAAACGGACACAUAACCGCGCUGAAAAGUUUCGACUUUGAAACAGUGAAAACGUUCCAGUUCCAAGUUGUGGCCACAGAUUCUGGAACUCCGUCACUAAGCAGCAACGUCACAGUGAACGUGUUCAUUCUGGAUCAGAACGACAACGCUCCAGUCAUCCUGUAUCCAGUCAGCUCCAACGGUUCUGCUGAAGGUGUGGAGGAGAUUCCCCGCAAUGUGAACGCAGCACACUUGGUGACUAAAGUCAGAGCCUAUGACGCUGAUAUAGGAUAUAACGGCUGGUUACUGUUUUCACUGCAGGAAGUGACUGAGCACAGUCUCUUUGCUUUGGACCGCUAUACAGGACAGAUCAGAACACUUCGCUCAUUCACAGAGACAGACGAGGCUGAGCAGAAACUGGUCAUACUGGUCAAAGACAAUGGCAACGUUUCCCUCUCUGCAACAGCUACUGUCAUUGUCAAAGUUGUGGAGCCCAAAGAGGCUUUUGCUGCUUCUGAUGUUAAAAGUGCAACAAACGAUGAUGAGGAGAGUAAUGUGACUUUUUAUCUCAUGAUAACUUUGGCCUCAGUUUCAGCACUUUUUCUCAUCAGCAUCAUCAUGCUCAUUGCAAUGCAGUGCUCCAAAUCCACAGACUACACUUCCAAAUAUCUACAAGAGACUAAUUAUGACGGGACACUGUGUCACAGCAUCCAGUACAGAUCUGGAGACAAACGCUACAUGUUAGUGGGACCCAGAAUGAGUAUAGGAUCUACUAUAGUCCCGGGCAGCCAUGCUAACACACUAGUGCUCCCUGACAGGAGGAGGACUUCUACAGAGUACGUCUAA